UGGCUAAUAACUGGUUGAAUUGGGAGCACUGGAUAUUUUCUCAGCUGACCGUGAACGUGUGGAUUUACAUUUGUUUAUAACUUUGGAUCAUAAAUGACCCUGACCAAGAUCUACGAUGCUGCCACAGUAUUUAAGCACUUGGGCGGGAUUCUGAAUGUGUUUAAGCCACCAGGCAUGAAGGUGAAGCACGUGCGGAACGCCAUUCUUGGCAACAUUUGCAAGGGUCUUAACGAAAUGGAGCAACGGGGGCCCCGUAACUUGCAGGUGGACAGACCUCUUAUAGGCACAGGUACCGCCGCCGAUCCUGUGUUGCACAACAUAGAUGGUCAGACGGAUCUGUCGGACCACGUUUUGUCCGCAGGACCACGAUACCUUCCCCGAGACCUUAGCUGCGUCACAGUUUCGAGCCUUGGGGAUUAUACUAGCGGAGUCUUGCUUUUCGGGAUCAACAAGGGAACGGGUCAGUCCAUCAGCAUUCGAAAGAAUCGCCCUGUGCGGGUCUAUCAUAUAACCGGCCACUUCGGCAUUGCCACAGAGAACCACCUACCAGAUUCACGGAUCACUAUGCGCUCCAACUACCGACAUGUGUCUGCGGACAAGAUCAGCGGCCUGGUCGCCUCCAUGCAAGCUUCCCACCAACGUAAAAUGUUCGAGCUCUGCGGCUUCGGUUUGCAAACCCAGGAGGCCUACGAACUCGCCUGCAAGGGCCUCCUCCGUCCAGCGGACGACAGCCAACCCAUUGUCUACGGAAUAAAGAUCAUCCAUUUCGAAAGACCGGUCUUCACGCUGGAAAUUCAUGCCAUCAAUGAGACGCAGGAGUAUUUAGCCAUUCUUAUUCACGACAUGGCUUUGGAACUCCGCACCGUGGCGCACUGCACUCAGCUUCGCUGCGUGCGACACGCUCACUUCGAUGUGAAGGACAGCUUACUCCGGCAUGCCUGGCACUUGCCAGGAGUCAUCAAGAACUUCCGCCAGCAACGUGAUAUCCUGCGGGCCCACCCACAGCUCCUCCGUCAGCACCGAGCCGAACUACAAGCUACGGCAUGAUUAAAGUGCCUUUUUUGUACCUAAAUAAAUGUAGUCGUUACAUUUCCUAACAUAUUAAAAUAUUUAUCUAUUUCGAUAAAAAAAAAUAA